AUGAAUUCUGUGAAGGACUUACGCAGGGCACAGCAGACAGGGCUCUCUGAAUUGGUGACAUCCAUUUGUCUUGCUGGUCUGAAAACUCCUCCUCUUUCAAGCCCUACCUCUAUAUUGAGCCCACCAGCUCUGCAGGUCAAGUGUCUCUAUGCUCUAUGGCAGGAGCUUCCGCAAGUCAAGAGUCUGCUAAACUCUUUGACUGCACAUGAGAUACAGUUUCAGGAGGCCAUGUUUGAGCUGAUUGUGUCAGAGGCCUCAUAUCAGAAGAGUCUUAUAGUGGCAGUAAAUGUGUUCCAGUGCUCAACAGAACUCAAACAGAUCCUCUCUCGUGUACAGCAUCAUGUACUGUUCUCCAACCUGAAGGAAGUCUGCAGAGUCAGUGAACGAUUUCGGCAGGAUCUGGAGUCCCAUCUCGGGCAGAAUAUUGUGAUGUCACAGGCAGGGGAACAAGAAAUUUGCACUGAUCCUGAAGAAACUAGAGAAAGAUCCACAAUGCCAGAGACAGACACUGAAGUCCUUCUUGAUUCUUCCCUUCCAGAGGAUCACAUGAAUGACACUCUUACUAGAGUCAAUUCCACUGAUCACCAGAAGGCGACAUUUGCUUCAAGAGGGAACUUUGAAACAACUUGGUGGCAAUCAAAACGUCUCUGUAGUCUCCCGCAAAGAUGUUUAUGUUUUCAAUGACCUGUUGCUCCUCUCUCUUAGGAGUGGACACUGGUUCAUUGUGCAGGAUCAUGCUCCGUUCCCUGCUAAUGUGCGUGUAGAGGAUAAAAAACUGCAAUUUUGGGACUACCCCCAGACUCCAUCCUGCUCCAUCUGAACAAGAAUCACAAUAGAUCUUCC